UUCAACAAGCCUAGCUGCUGCAGUAACUUGUUCUCUUAUUGGUCUGUGGCUGCAGUGGUGUGGUUUUCUUCUACUAAUGAUUGUUUGAGGAAUUUUUAAAUCAUGGCCGGUUUUACGGAAAAUGCACUAGUUCGUAAACUGCAAGAAUUAAAUUCAAGCCAACAAAGUAUUCAAACAUUAUCGUUAUGGCUGAUUCACCAUAGGAAACACCAUGCAGCUGUUGUGAAGACUUGGUACAAGGAACUCCUAAAAGCAAAGGACAGCAAACAACUAACUUUCAUGUACUUAGCUAAUGAUGUCAUACAAAAUAGUAAAAAAAAAGGACCAGAAUAUGGCAAGGAGUUUGGAGAGGUACUUGUUGAUGUACUGAAGCACAUGGCUAAGACUGGCAUUAACACGAAGACAAAGAACUCUUUACACAGAAUACUGACCAUAUGGGAGGAGAGAGGAGUGUAUGACUCACUGAAAAUUCAAGAAUUUAAAGACGCCAUGGAACUGAAUGACGCUGAGCCGAAAAAGGUUAUCAAGCAUAAAUCUACUGAUACAGAAACAAAAGAACCUGAGAAAAAACCUAAGAUUGAGAAACAGAAACAAGAGAAAAGACGCAGCGAGACGAAGGUAGAGGAGAAACAUAAUGAGACGCAUACAACUUUAAGCCCGAAGACUCCACCUGGUGACCCUCCAGAACCAGAGGAAUUGAUCAAGGCUCUCCUCGAACUAGAAUCCAGCGCAUCCAGCGACGAAGCGGUACGUGAAAGGAUCGCAUCGCUACCUCCAGAAGUUUCCGAAAUACAAUUAUUGUCUAAGCUAGAAGGUAAAAUGCCCCCAUAUACCCGUAUAAAUCUUUUGAUUAUUAUUGUUAAAAAACUAAUAGAAAACGCACUUUUCUUACGAUUCCUACGUGAGAGCGAUAGAGAAGAAUUAAAAUGCACAUGCAAUAGAAAUAAAGACUGACAC